UCUCUCCCCAUAAUUGAAAAUGGAAUGAAUAAGAAGGGGAACUCGAGUUCGGACAGUCGGUGCAGAUAAAACUACGGCUCCGGUGAUAUCUCCGGUGAAUCUCCGGCGACAUUCCUUCCACCGUCAUCUCUUCCGGUAACAAUGGCCGCUACUCAUAAAGUCAUAUAUUACUGACUCAUUUGCCCCUUCACCAUUCAAUCAUUACCAAUCAACUUCUCUCACUACAAUUUCCUUAGUUUCUCCGUGAAGUCGCCAUUACUAUGAGAUGAUAGCUGGAGGAAUCAAACUUUACUCUCUAAUUCUGCUCGCCUUUUAACUCUUACUUUGCCUUUUUCCUGUUUCGUCCUUUUUAUCUCUCCGAUCUCGUUUUUCAAGAGAUGAGUGAAUAUUUGAACAAGCAAACCAGAAACUCCGAGAAACCAUUUCCAGGAUGCUUGAGGAGAAUGGUUAAUCUGUUUGAUUUGAGCACAGCUGCUGGAAAUAGGCUUCUCACAGACAAAGCUCAUCGCGAUGGUCAUCAGAUAUCCAGGAGUCAAUUAGGUGCUGCGGUUAGGACAAGCCCUUUGGAAGAUCAAAUGAUAAUGACUGAUCCAAGGAGGAACCCUUCCUGCAGGAAGUUAAAUGCGACUCCAGUGAAGAUGCUCAUAGCUGAAGAAAUGUCUAAAGAAGCUGAGACAAUGAUUAAAUCACCUUGUCUAGUUGCUAAGUUGAUGGGGCUUGAUGCACUCCCACAGUCUCAACUCGAUUCCAGUGCCCAAAUUACACAUUCAAGAGGUCACUCAAGGAGUUAUUCUGCAAAUUCCUUGGGAUCUUGGCAGCAAGACAAUGGGUACUUCCCAGAACAUGUUAAAUACAAAGACGCAGGUGACACUUGGAAGCCAUUCCAAAAAAGUUUUAGAAGAGAUAAAUCACCAGAAAAAGACAAGCAUAAUGAGGGUGUAGACGAGAGAAAGAUGGCUCUUGUUCGCCAGAAGUUCCAAGAGGCGAAAAGCUUAGCUACAGAUGAAAGACUUCGCCAAACCAAGCAGUUUCAAGAUGCACUAGAUGUUCUAAGUUCAAACAAAGAUUUAUUACUCAAGUUUCUGCAAGAACCUAGUUCUCCAUUCUCUCAACAUCUCUAUGAUAGGCAGUCUGUCCAUCCGUCUACUGAAACUAAGCGUAUUACUGUUCUUAGACCAGCUAAGAUGGUGGAAAGUAACAUAUCUGAUGGCUUUGGCAAGAAAAAUGAGGCUGUGGUUUCAAGGUGGGAUAAAGCCACUGAGUUAGCGCCUCCAGUUACAUGGAAAGAAGAUAAUUAUCAACCCACCAGAAUUGUGGUGCUAAAACCUAGCCAUGUUAUGGCUCAUGACAUAAAGGCUGAUGUUUCUUCUCUUUGCUCGUCUCCUAGGGUAUUGCAGAAUAACAAGGAAUUCUAUGAUGAACCAGCUGAAGAGAUCACCAAGAAGAUGCGUGGAAACCAGAGUGGGAAUAGAAGAGAUGAAACCUUACUCACUUCUGCCUUUUCAAAUGGAUAUAUUGCUGAUGAAAGUUCGUUUACCAAGUCAGAAAGUGGAUAUUCAAUGGGGAAUCUCAGUGAUUCAGAAGUUAUUUCACCUACUUCUUCUAGGCAUUCAUGGGACUAUAUAAAUAAGUAUAGCAAUCCUUAUUCGUCUUCUUCCUUCAGCCGUGCAUCUUAUUCUCCUGAAUCAUCGGUAUGUAAGGAAGCAAAGAAGCGAUUGUCUGAAAGAUGGGCCAUGAUGGCUUCUAAUGGAAAUUUUCAGGACCAAAAACAUGUGCGAAGAAGUUCUAGUACGUUGGGUGAGAUGCUUGCCCUUUCUGGUUCUAGAAGGUCUGAAAAAUACCUGACAGAAAGUAGUGGUAAAGGAUCAACUUCAAAGUUGGAUGAUGAUAACAGUGAUGGCUCUCCAAGGAAACUUUUGAGGUCCAGAUCGGUUCCAGUCUCAUCCAAUGAUUUUGGAACAAGGCUCAUUGUUGAUGCUCAAGAGCAAGUGAGUGAUAAAGUGGAUGCCCCAAAGGAGAGGAAGAGUAAUAAUGUAAAAUCAACCUUUAGAGGAAAAGUUUCAAGUCUCUUUUUUUCGAGAACAAAAAAAUCUCACAAAGAAACUUGCAUUGCAUCCCAAACCACUGAAAAAUCAACAGAAUCUGAUGAAAUACAUUCUCCGGUCUCGUCGCUAUGCACUAUGAGCACAAGAAUUCAGGAUGGCUCUUCACCUAAUCUGGUUUUCGCUGGAUUGGGACCUAAAUCAGGCGUGACAUCUGAGGUUGACCCCUUUGCAACAAAGUCUGGAAAUACAGGAGAGAAUCAUAGCCAGCCCAGUCCAAUAUCAGUUUUGGAACCACCAUUUGAAGAUGAUGAUAGUGGAACUGCCGAAUCUUCUUGCAAUGUCAAGUUUCAAAGUCUGGGGGAGCAUAGGCCAGUUCAUGCCAACAGAUCCAACCUCGUAGACAAAUCACCACCCAUUGGAUCGAUUGCCCGGACACUGUCAUGGGAUGAUUCCCGUGGAGAAACAGUGUCAACUAAUCAACCUACAAGAGAAGAAGAAGAAGGAGAAUGGCUCUUAUUUGUCAAAACAUUAUUAUCACAAUCAGAAACAUGCUUUCCCAAAUGGCACUCACCGGAAAGCCCAUUGGAUCCAUCCUUGAGAGACAACUACAUUGACACAAACGACAAGAUGGUUUUCGAGGCAAGAAGGAGGCAGAAAAGAUCGGGUCGUAAGCUUGUAUUCGAUUAUGUAAAUGCGACUCUAUCGGAGAUGACAGGGUAUGGUCCUGAGACGAGCCUGUGGGCGGCUGUAUUAUACGGUGGUGGUAGGCCUAUGAACAAGUCAACCUGCCAAUUGGUGCAAGAUGAGGUAUGGGACCGGAUGAAAGAGCAGGAGUGGUUCUCAAGUAAGAGGACAGAAGAUAGUGGGGACAGAAGCAGUAUGGUGGUGGAUAAGGCGGUGACUAAGGAAAUUGCUGGAAAGGGUUGGUCAGAACAAAUGGGAUUGGAAAUCGAUAAUAUUGGACGCGAAAUUGAAGCGAAUUUGCUUGACGAACUAGUUCGAGAGUCUGUGAUUGAGUUUACGAAUGAUAAAAAUAUUGCGAUCGAGUCUUCUUCUUUAUGAUUGUGUGUGCGUGUUUUUGGGUGGUGAUUGUGUUUAUUACUUUCAUCUAGUUGUAGUAAGUACGUAGAUAUUUAGGGAGAUGAAUCUGAGGUUCUUGUAUUUUUCAUGUUUACUACCAAUCCAACACCACGGGAAUGUAUGUAUAAAUGGUGUCUUUGUUGAUCCUUUUAGCCUUAAUUAUUAUUAUUAUUAU